AUGUAUCGAAAUCGAUUUCUGGGAACUACAGAUUGGAAUACUGUUACAUCGUUGUUAAGUAAUUAUUCAAUACCAAUAAAACUAGCCGAUGGCAUUGUAUUGAACCGAGUGAAAGAGCAAGAUGAUUUAAUUUUAAUUGAAUUGGGUACUUUAUUGAGCAACCACGAAUGCGAUGAAAUUCUGACUAAUAUUAGUAAAGAAAAAUUCGAAAAUAUGUCAGAUAAGUAUGAUGUUCAAAAACGCAAUAAUUCUCGAUUAGUCGUCAUGGAUGAUCAAUUCGCUCAAACACUUUGGCAACGUCUAAAAUUUAGCAACAAAAUAACUAAAUUAGUUUCUAAUAGAAAACCAUUAGGAUUUAAUGUGCAAGGCGAUUGGGAGAUUAGUGGUGUGAAUAAAGCCAUGCGAUUGAAUAAAUACCGUCAUGAUGAACAUUUUGCACCUCAUAAAGAUGCACAAUAUGCUCCAAGCGGAGAUGAACGAUCAUUAUUGAGUUUAAUAAUCUAUUUGAAUGACAAUUAUGAAAAAGGUGAGACGAAGUUUUAUUUUCCCAAAGCAGCACCAAAAUUCAAUAUGAAAGGAUUAACAAUUGAGGAAGAAAUCCAAGCUUAUGGUGGAUUGGAAAAUGGAUAUGAAUGUGUGUCGAUUAAACCAAAGAAAGGUUAUGCUGUUCUUUUUACACAUAAUCUCUUACACGCGGCCAUGGCACCACAGAUGGAAAAUUCUCUCAAUUUAACGGAACGUAUCGUCUUGAGAACUGAUGUACUCGUACAGAGAAAAGGAAAACCACUCGGAUUUGCUAUUUGCCCAGAAGAACAAGAAGAUUAUGUUGCUUGUCUGAAUUUUUUUCGUGAAGCUCAACAAAAUGAAUUGAAAACAUAUGAAAACUGUACCACUUAUGGUGGCGUUGCUGCAUUGUAG